AUGUAAAACGCAGCUCUGUUUUUUUCCUCAAUGGGUGGUAGCAGCUGUUUGCUCCAUAAUUUCCAGUUGAGAAAGUAUGGGAAUGUAGCAAGAUCACUUCAAAAAAUAUAUAUCUUAUUGGACACUUUCGAAAAGGCACACAUUAACCUUGCCAAUCAGUGUUAUUUUGACUAAAUAAUUCCAGACAUUUCAAGUUUGAACAAGUUCAGACAAAAGAGUGGGUAACUAAGCUAGCACCUAAGCUAGUAAACGGACUUAGCGACGCAUCUGGACCAGUCUGGUAGUACGGUCCGGAACAAUGCAGGCCAUAAAGUGUGUCGUGGUUGGGGACGGAGCUGUGGGUAAGACAUGUCUGCUGAUCAGCUACACGACCAACGCCUUCCCUGGAGAGUACAUCCCCACAGUGUUUGACAACUACUCUGCCAAUGUGAUGGUGGAUGGAAAACCAGUCAACCUGGGCCUGUGGGAUACAGCAGGACAGGAAGACUACGACAGACUCCGCCCCCUCUCCUACCCACAGACGGAUGUGUUCCUUAUCUGUUUCUCCCUCGUGAGUCCUGCCUCGUUUGAAAACGUCCGUGCCAAGUGGUACCCAGAGGUCAGGCACCACUGCCCCAACACGCCCAUCAUCCUAGUGGGCACCAAGUUGGAUCUGAGGGACGAUAAGGACACCAUCGAGAAGCUCAGGGAGAAGAAGCUCACCCCUAUCACCUACCCCCAGGGCCUGGCCAUGGCCAAAGAGAUCGGUACGUGCGGUGAAGUACCUGGAGUGCUCGGCCCUGACCCAGCGCGGCCUGAAGACUGUGUUUGACGAGGCCAUCCGGGCGGUCCUCUGCCCCCCGCCCGUCAAGAAGAGGAGAAGGAAGUGCUCCCUGCUCUAGAACCCCGCAGACAGGAAGUGGGCACUCGCCGUGCAGGGUGGGGAGACACAGAAAACGCAGACACAAAAGCAUUUUACUUCUGAAUCUUUGUUAAAAGAAACUGAACAUACAGAUAGGUUUAGGAAUGGGUUUUGAUGACAAUCUGAACCCAGUCCUUUUCUUUGCAUAGACACACAUCACUGAAGUGUAAGAGAUUCCAGAGGCCUUCUACAAAUGGAUUUAAACUUCUGUGAAAAGGAUGCUGAAAUGUUUUCUAUUUGUUGCUCUUACACUCAUAGUCCAUAUUGUUUGUUUACAGUCUUUAGAGGUUGUUUUGGGUGGAGCAUGAAUUUGCCAAACUGCGUACUGCAGAUAUUAGAGCUGUACAGCAGACAGACACUAAACUUGUUGAUCAUUUUUUAGGUUUACCUCCUAACAGUACAGCUAAUAAUUUGGCAUGAUGCACUGCAGUUAAUGGUUACAUGGGUAAGAUGGCAUUCUAUUUGUGGGGUGGCAUUCUUUAUAACAUGGAAAUCCACAACUAGCCAAGUUAAUAGCAUCACCAGUUUUAUUUUCACCUCCAACUACUAAUUAAUGUACCAUAAAUCUAAUUUGACUAGGACUGAGUUUGGGAAACACUGGUCUAGCCAACAGUGCUUUUUGUCGAUUGGAAAAGGCGUGAUCCUUCAGUAUUUAAUGGGAGAGCUGGCGUGCCUCGUUGGACCUGUCAGUCAAAAAUGUUGUAUCCCCCACCCGCUCCUGCUGUGUCCCCCACCCGCUCCUGCUGUGUCCCCCACCCGCUCCUGCUGUGUCCCCCACCCGCUCCUGCUGUCUGAACCGAAUCGUUGCCUGAGAAAAACAAAGCUUGCCACUUUAUAUGAGAAGAUUGGAUGUGAGGACAGUUUUGGGUGUCGAUGUCAGAUAAAAGCACCUCUUAUAGUCUUUGGGCAUUUAUCAGAAACCAUUCAUGCAGCGAUUUCUUCUGUGUAUUUUCUUUGUGAAUAGCCCAUUUGAUUCACAGUAGCCACAACUACUUGGAAGGCAAAGGAGAGAGCAUUUAAAUGACUGAGGAAUGUUCUAACGGUAACUAAGCUACAGUCAGUAACGACGUAGUGUGUAUAUAUAUUCAUCUUUGGUUAUAAUCAUUUGAAUUCAAUUGGCUAUUUUGUAUUAAAAACAUUCCACUGAAGUUAAUCACUCGCUGUAUUUUUAAACUAUGAACGCUAUAUUGUUUACCAACUACAAAUAAACCUUUAAUUUUACUACAA